AUGCACAAGAAGAGGAAGAAAGUAAUAUUCAUUGUGGCUAUUGUUUUCUUGUCUGCAACUGCUUUUGUACUUCUACUUGCUGCUAUGAUUCGAUUUCGCUCAUCAGUACAGGAACAUAGUGCAUUGGCAGAAUUUAGAUCUCAAGAGGAAGAUACAGCUGAUUGUCAUUUCUAUGAAUUGGACGAAAUCGCCACUGCAACUAAUAACUGGUCAAGUUCUAAUGAGGUUGGCGAAGGAGGGUUCGGUAGGGUCUAUAAGGGUCAAUUAGCACGUGGAGAGGAAGUAGCUGUAAAGAGGUUAGCCGACAGUUCUUGGCAAGGCAUUCGGGAAUUCAAAAACGAAGUCACGUUGAUAGCAAAGCUUCAACAUAGGAAUCUUGUGAAGCUCUUGGGAUAUUGCAUUGAAGGAAAUGAAAGGAUACUAGUAUAUGAAUACCUCCCAAACCACAGCCUAGAUCAAAUCAUUUUUGAUCAAGUCAAGAGAAGGCUCUUAAAGUGGGAUGUUCGUUUCAAGAUUAUCAAAGGAGUGACAAAAGGGCUUCUAUAUCUCCAUGACGAUUCGAGACUCAGAAUAAUACAUCGCGACUUAAAAGCAAGUAAUAUUUUGCUGGAUAAAGAUAUGAACCCCAAGAUUUCUGACUUUGGAUUGGCAAGAAUUCUCGCAAGUGAGAAAGAGGAAACGACAAACCGAGUAAUUGGAACACAUGGUUAUAUGCCUCCAGAAUAUAUAAUGAACGGCCAUUUUUCGACCAAAUCUGAUGUCUAUAGCUUUGGAGUUUUGGUCUUGGAGAUAAUAAGUGGGAAAAAGAAUUGGGGAUUUCAUCAUCCUGAUCAUAAUCUAAACCUGCUAGGUCAUGCAUGGAAGUUGUGGACUGCAGGACGACCCCUAGAACUAAUGGACCCGGUAUUAGUUGAGUCGGCCUUUCAGAAGGAUGAGGUGAUAAAGUGUAUACAUAUUGGUUUGUUAUGUGUUCAAAAGCAGCCUGAAGAUCGGCCUACAAUGUCUGAGGUUGUCAACAUGGAACAAGGUGAUAAUUUUGUUUCGGUACGCCAACCAGACGAACCUGGUUUCUAUGCUGGUAGGUCUUUAAUUGGAAUAGGGAUUUCUACAAUAGAAAGGGAGCUUAACAGUGUAAAUGAGGUAACGAUGACGACUAUAGCUGGACGAUAGGUCAGAAGAACUAAAUU